UCGGGGGCCUGGGAGUGUCAUUGGCGGAUGACCGCAGCCCUCGCCGCUGCCCGUGCCGCUGCGACCAUGGCCUCUGGCUGCAGCGGCCUCGCCGCCGCCCGCCUCCUGUCCCGCGCCUUCCUCUUGCAACAGAAUGGAAUUCGGCAUUGCUCUUAUGCAACUUCCCGGAAGCAUCUCUAUGUUGAUAGAAAUACGAAGAUUAUUUGCCAGGGUUUCACUGGUAAGCAGGGCACCUUUCACAGCCAGCAGGCACUGGAAUAUGGCACCAAACUAGUUGGAGGAACGACUCCAGGGAAAGGAGGCAAGACGCACCUGGGCUUACCAGUCUUUAACACUGUGAAGGAGGCCAAAGAACAGACUGGAGCAACAGCAUCUGUCAUUUAUGUCCCUCCUCCCUUUGCUGCUGCCGCCAUCGAUGAAGCUAUCGAGGCGGAAGUGCCCCUGGUCGUGUGCAUCACUGAAGGUAUCCCACAGCAGGACAUGGUGCGGGUCAAGCACAAACUGCUGCGCCAGGGAAAGACCAGGCUGGUCGGGCCGAACUGCCCUGGAGUCAUCAAUCCUGGAGAAUGCAAAAUUGGCAUCAUGCCUGGCCAUAUUCACAAGAAAGGAAGAGUCGGUAUCGUGUCUAGAUCCGGCACCCUGACUUACGAAGCGGUUCACCAGACAACACAAGUUGGAUUGGGGCAGUCUUUGUGUGUUGGCAUUGGAGGCGAUCCUUUCAAUGGAACAGACUUUACAGACUGCCUUGAAAUCUUUCUGAAUGAUCCGGCCACAGAAGGCAUCAUAUUGAUUGGUGAAAUUGGUGGUAAUGCCGAAGAAAAUGCUGCAGAAUUUUUGAAGCAACAUAAUUCAGGUCCCAAGGCCAAGCCUGUGGUGUCCUUCAUUGCUGGUUUAACUGCUCCUCCCGGCAGAAGAAUGGGUCACGCAGGGGCAAUCAUUGCUGGAGGAAAAGGUGGAGCUAAAGAGAAGAUCGCAGCCCUGCAGAGUGCUGGGGUUGUGGUCAGCAUGUCCCCGGCACAGCUGGGAACCACCAUCUACAAGGAGUUUGAAAAGAGGAAGAUGCUCUGAAAGAAAAACAGACAGAAGAUUCCUUAAGCCUAUGGAUGAAUCAUUGUAGCAAUGGGAGCGGUGGCUGUUCGCUUCUGAUGUCCACUGACCGUCCGCCCGCCCACCUGUUGCUGGUCUUUUCGAGCACAACAGGAAGCCAAAACAAGGUUUAGAGUGUCCUACACUGAGGUGUUUUCACCUCACUAAAUAAGAGAAGCAACCAAUAAAUCUACCACUUGAUUUGAA